AUCACUCUUGUCAAUUUUGUACAAACAAUGUUUUUAUUUCACUAAAUAGCAUAAUCUGCAACAAAAUCUUUGGUAAAUAGCUUUCAGUUAUAGCUAAUUAAAAUUACCAUAGUUUAAAUAGAGAUAUGCUUUUGAUAACUCCAUAAUAUUUAGAUACGAGAUAGGAGACACGGCUGUUUACUCACGUCUGUCACGCAUUAAAUGAUAAGGGCGUUGUGACUGCGACAAGUGCUCAAAAUAAUUUCAGUAUUUUAAUGAAAUUAGCCCAGUGACGAUGUCUGACUGUAGUGACCACGAUCCUAACUGGGUACCGUAUAAAGAAAGGCCGGAAUGGAACGACGUGACCCCUAUUCCAGAAAAUGAUGGACCUAACCCUGUCGUGGUUAUUGCUCACUCGGAAAAAUUUGAGGAUGUUUAUGGCUAUUUCCGUUCUGUACUCCAACGGAAUGAGAAGUCAAAACGAGCAUUACACUUGACAAAAGAUGCUGUUGAACUAAACCCAGCUAACUACACAGUAUGGCAAUACAGAAGGGACAUUCUCAAAACGUUGAACACAAACUUGCAAUCAGAAUUUGCUUAUGUUGAAUCAGUUAUAAAACAAUCACCGAAAAACUAUCAGGUAUGGCACCAUCGUAGAGUCUUGGUGGAAUGGCUCCAAGAUGCGUCUUUAGAACUGGAACUUACGAAAGAUGCACUUGAACAGGACCCUAAAAAUUAUCAUGCCUGGCAACACAGGCAAUGGGUGAUAAAAACUUUUGGACUUUAUAGCCAAGAAAUGGAAUUCGUGGAUAUCCUCAUCACCGAGGACGUACGUAAUAACUCGGCGUGGAAUCAGCGCUACUUUGUUCUAAAUAAUCAUCUGGGCUGGUCAGACUUAAAUGUUCAGAAAGAAAUAUGUUAUACUUUGGAAAAGAUAAAAUUCGUCAAAAAUAACGAAAGUGCAUGGAAUUAUUUAAGAGGUAUAUUGUUGCACGAUAAAAGAGGGCUAUGUGGCAAUGCUGUGGUGAGCUCAUUUUGUGAAGACCUCUAUAAAAAUAAGUGCCGAUCCCCAUACUUACUAGCCUUUAUCAUUGAUAUGUGCGAUGAAGCCAUUAAAAAAGAUGAAACUAAUUGUUUAUACAACCCUGAGAGAGCUAUAGAGCUUUGUGAAGCAUUAGCUAGUAAGUAUGACAAAAUUAGAACCAAAUACUGGAACUACCUACUUGAAAGAUUUAGAAAGUGCCGGGGUGAACAGAUCAUUAACAGUAAUGGACUCAUGGAUGAAAUAGAGUAAUUUAGCACUGGUUGUGGCCAAAUGAAAUAUGUGUAUAAUUUUUUUUGUGCGAUAAAUAUAUGAUCAGAAUAUGGAGUAAAUAAGUGUGGAAACUAUAGUUUUAAAUUUGCUAUAAUGAAUUUUAUUUUAUAAAACGGAUCAAUAAUUCGCUGGUGUGGAUAAUAAAUAAUUUUAAUUUCGUUUGCAACACAGAUAUUACGUCUUUGUUUAAUUGUAAAUCUUUGAAAUAUAAUAAAUAAAAACAGCAGAACUUUUU